AGACCAAAAGAGAGAGAAUGGUAAUAACUCAUUGGCAGCAGCUCUGUGUGCAAGUUACUGUUAGCCAGCUAUCUGCAAGGGAGUUUCUUCAGGGAGUGAAGAAAAGCCUGUGAACUGUUGGGAGAUGAUAAAUCUUUCCUUGAGAUGCCAGCCAAGAGCUUCAGAAUAGUCACAGCUGCUGCAGUGCUUAUUCUCUUCCAAAAGACACAGCUCUCAGUGCAAGCACCGUUAAAUGGAUCUAAGUGGUCUUACAUUGGUCCUGAUGGAGAGAAAACUUGGCCCAAGAAAUAUCCAUUUUGUGGAGGAGUAUUCCAGUCUCCAAUAGAUUUUCAUGAUGAUAUUCUCCAAUAUGAUACCACUCUCUUACCUUUAGAGCUUGUAGGCUACAAUGUGUCCUCCAUUGAUCACUUUAUGUUGACCAAUAAUGGUCAUUCAGUAAGAAUGAGUCUGUUUCCUACCAUGCACAUCAGAAACCUCCUUUUCCAAUACACUGCAACUCAGCUUCACCUACACUGGGGAAACAGGAACAAGCCAGAAGGCUCGGAGCACACAGUCAGUGGGAGGCAUUUUGCAGCAGAGCUACAUAUUGUACAUUAUAACUCUGACAAAUAUCCCGAUGUAACAGCAGCAAUAGACAAAUCAGAUGGGCUAACAGUUUUGGCUGUUCUCAUUGAGAGAGGCCCAUUCAAUCCAUCCUAUGAAAAGAUCUUCAAUCAUUUCCAGAAUGUGAAAUACAAAGACCAGGUAGCUCUAGUCCCAGGUUUUGACAUCCAAGAACUGCUUCCUGAACAACUGGAUGAGUAUUAUCGCUAUGAAGGAUCCCUGACGACUCCUCCUUGUUACCCUAGUGUUCUCUGGACAGUUUUCCGACACCCGGUAAAAGUUUCACAAGAACAGCUGCUGGCACUGGAAACAGCUCUGUACUGCACACAGCCCAAUGACCCCACACCCCUGGAAAUGGUUAAUAACUUCAGACACAUUCAGGAGUUUGAUGAAAGGCUGGUUUCUGUCUCCUUCCGUCAAGGUGGUGUACUUUCAGUUGUGUUAGCAAGCAUUCUUGGAGUUAUCAUCAUGCUUGCAGUAGCCUUUUGGCUGCUUAGGAAGAAGAGUUGCAAAAAGGAACGAGAAGACAACAGAAGAGUCAUCUACAAGCCAGCCAUUGACAAAGAGGAUGACAACACCUCUAAAGUAUGAAUUCCUACUCUGCCACAGAACUCUCUUUUCAUUCACGGCAUCAAGAGAAGUUUGCCUUGGGCAACAUGUUUCUUGUUUCCAGCCAGUUAUAAGCCUUGGAUGCACCUUUAAAACAAAGCAGCCAAAACACUCUGUGGUAGUCUUUGCCCACCUGAACCAAACCAGUUUUCUCCUAAGCAUGAAAAGCAGUCACUGAGAACUUUUUUGUUUUUGUGUCAAAUAUUACAAAAUGUCACUGACCUGAAGAAAGGACCAAAAACUUCACACCUGUUAAAGUUUGUCCUAAAUUACCUGGAGCAAGCAAUCUAAUCAAAUGCUUGGUCUAUUUGCACAAGAGCUUGGAGGGAUAUAAUCAGCCAGUAUUCUGACUGGACUUGAAGGCCAAAUAUCUCACUAUACUAUUUUCAUAGAAUCUCAGAAAUGCAGGGCAGGAAGGGACCUUGAGAAAUUCAUGCUGGCUGCAUGUUGGGCCUUUUUAAUUUAUUAAUUAAUCAUAAACUUGAGCUUUAUGGGCUAUUCAUGCCACAUUAUCCACAAAACAUUGAAAUCUAAAGAUAUUCAUUAAUCUGUUAUCACUACUGUAUGGGGGUGCCUAUAUCCACUUCCCUACUAAAAAAGAUCAAACUAGGUGCUUCUCCAACAGUGGGAGCUUUAGCGUAGACCAGGUGCCAGUGUUAGCACUGCGUCUCCUAGACCUGCUAGUGUAGAUCAGCCAGUGGCAUUUUAACCACAUGGUUGAGAUGAUAGUUGCUAAUUGCAGUGGACAGUCUUCUGUGCUAGCAUAGCCAUUGGUGGAGCUGCAACUGUGGGAAAUAUUAGGGGGAAGAGGGUAGCAUAGCUAUAGCAAGAGCCUCUUGGGCAGUCAGUGGGGUUUGAACUUAGAACCUCCAGUGCUAGACACACAUGUCUUUCUACUACUUGAGCUAAAGACUCCUAAGCUAGGUGCUAUACAAGACUCAUUACCUGUUAUGUGUGUCAAUUGCUAAAGGGUGAUGAAAGUGAUACUUCCCUUGUGUGAUUUCCAUAGAUAUAAUCUAAACCCUUCCUCCCUUCCUCACAUUUUAUUGUGCUAAUUUUAUUUAAAAUGUAUGCCUGAAUAUUGGGGGGAUAAUACAAUUACUACUUUUAAUCAGUCUGCUUUCCAUUAUAAUCAUGAAGCAGAUUAUUUUUGAUUUUCAUUAUUUUGAUGAAAUGAGUAUUGACUAAUACUCAGCGUGUAUUAUUAGAUUGCAUAGUAGAUGGUUUUGAUGAAUUAGUUGUCUGAAUUUAGCAAUUUAAUUAUUAGAAGAGAAAAUGAAUUUAAUUAGAAUCAUCAUCUCAGAUCUCAUAAAAUGAGUACACAAAGUUUUCACUGGCUCCAGCGUUAUUUCCAUUAUCCAUCUUCAAAAGUGUUCAACAUGGACUAACUGCUUCCAUUGAAGACAAUGGGAGAUUUAUCAUUGACUUCAGUGGGAACAAAAUCAAGCUAAUCUCAAUCUCCAUAUAUAGGGAAUCCCUCUGGAACCUGUACUGCUGAAACUUUAGGUGCAACACUAGGGUAACAACGCAGCAAUUUGAAAGGCUCAUGCAUGACUUGCCAGACAGGAACCCAGUCAUAACGGAGAUGGGUCUGAAACACAAUCCCAGAUCUGAACGCCAGUGAACACUGGGGAAGUUCCGAUCUGAACUUUGCAACUUGGACCCAUUUCCCUUCUGAGUAGCUCAAGUGUACACUACUGUUGGCAUAUAGUACUGAAGAAUUAGCACUCGGAAGGAGGACAGUUAGUAAUAUCAUAAUUACCAAGAAUAUGAUAUGUUUGAACUUUCAAAUUGAGCACACUGAUAUAAGUUAUGCAGUUAAUAGUCUGACUGGUAUCAUCAUCCUUUCCCUUUUCCCUAUUAAUUGGUAUGGGGAAAUUAGUUUUUGUAAUUUCCCCCUAUUGUUAAUCACACCUUCUUGUCAACUUUUUUGAAAUGGACCACCCUCAUUACCACUAUAAAAGUGAUUUUUCCGUCCUUGGUAUUCUACUGUUAAUUGAAUUGUCUUGUUAGUACUGACCCCCACUUGGUAAGGCAACUCCCAUCUUUUCAUGGACUGUGUAUAUAAACCUCCUACUAUAUUUUCCACUCCAUGCAUCUGAUGAAGUGGGUUUUAGCCCACGAAAGCUUAUGCCCAAAUAAAUUUGUUACUCUCUAAAGUGCCAUCAGGACUCCUUGUUGUUUUUACAUGAAAGUUAAAUUACAAAUACUGUACUUGGUAAUCAAGACCCCACAUUCCAGUUAUAAUCCUGGAUUUUCAUUUAAAUUGCAAGGAGUCCGGUGGCACCUUAAAGACUAACAGAUUUAUUUGGGCAUACGCUUUUGUGGGUAAAAACCACUUCUUCAGAUGCAUUUAAAUUUCAUUACUUUUAAUUUUAGUGUUUGAUGUUCUGUAAAGUAGAAUAUCGCUUUAAAUUGCUCAGACUUUACACAAGAAAGUCAUAAUUUUGCUAA